GGAGGGGUUGUAGUGACGCUGCGAAGCCCUUUGGUGCUGAGCUGAACAUCGCUUUUCACCUGCAGUUGAGCGCCAGAGGACUCGGGACGGUUUGCACUAGACAAGCGCCUAAAACAUCGCGGACGGAGCUGAGGAAGGAGACUGGAGGAAGCGCAGGAUAAAUAUCCGUAAUAUAGAAAAUAAAGAUUUUCUGUGCGAGAAAAUCAGCCGAAUCGCGGGUCUCCCUCUCGCUCCGAUUUCUUGCGACAAUGAAAACGGGCUUCGUUAUAUUACUGAUGACCACCACAAUACUGAGCACAUCUUGGGGGAAUUAUGACCUACCGUCUAAGCCACCGUGCAGACCUGGAUUCUCAGAGAGUUUUUAUACAGUGUUUGUUUCGAGGGAUAUACUACAAGGUCAGAGCAUUCUCAAAGAUACCGUGGUGUCCUCAGGAAGUGUCAAGUUUGACAGCUGCAGGGAGGACGAGGCCGUGGGGUUCGAGAGCAGUGACCCAAGCUUCAAAGUGCGGAAGGACGGCUCCAUCUACGCGGAGAGAGAUGUCUCCAGCCUCCUGGAGCCCAUGCAGUUCAUGGUGACGGCCCGCAGCAGUCCGGACAUGCCAGUCUGGGAGACCACCAUCAAACUGGCCUUGGCAGGAUACUCCCCGCCCCCACCCACUGCGCCCACUGCGCGUAUCGCAGAGGGAGAGAGACCAACUCCUGACACCCAGCCGCAGACCAGUGUCAUCACUUUUCCACGGACACGGCUGAUGGGCUCCAGUGGGCUGCGACGGCAAAAGCGGGACUGGGUCAUCCCACCAAUCAACGUGCCAGAAAACUCCAGAGGUCCCUUCCCACAGAUGCUUGUCAGCAUUCGCUCCGACCAGGACCGACAGAUCCAGAUACGAUACAGCAUCACAGGUGUGGGUGCUGACCAGCCGCCCAAUGAGGUGUUCAGCAUUGACCCUGUGGCAGGGAAGAUGUUCGUCACCAAGCCCCUCGACAGAGAGGAGAGGUCAUCCUACCAUCUUAGAGCACAUGCAGUAGACAUGAACGGCAACAAGGUGGAGAACCCCAUUGACCUCUACAUCUACGUCAUUGACAUGAACGACAACCGCCCAGAGUUCCGCAACCAGGUCUACAACGGAUCAGUGGACGAGGGAUCCAAACCAGGCUCCUAUGUGAUGAAAGUUACAGCCCACGAUGCAGACGACGACACCACGGGCAACGGGAUGGUGCGCUACCGCAUCCUGUCCCAGUCUCCCCACAGCCCCAUCCCCAACAUGUUCACCAUCAACAGCGAGACGGGCGACAUCAUCACUGUAGCUGCUGGCCUAGAUCGCGAGAAAGUCUCCCAGUACACGAUCAUCAUCCAGGCCACCGACAUGGAGGGCAACCUGAACUUCGGGCUGUCCAACACCGCCACCGCCAUCAUCUCCGUGACGGACGUGAACGACAACCCGCCGGAGCUGACGGCCAGAACGUUUUCAGGAGAAGUGCCGGAGAACAGAGUCAACAUCGUGGUGGCCAACCUGACAGUGAUUGACAGGGACCAGCCACACACACCCAACUGGAACGCAGUCUACAGGAUCGUCAGCGGAGAUCCCUCUGGCCACUUCACCAUACGCACGGACCCCGUGACCAACGAUGGCAUGGUCACCGUAGUGAAGCCGGUGGACUACGAGAUGAACCGGGCCUUCAUGCUGACCGUGGUGGUGUCCAACCAGGCUCACCUGGCCAGCGGCAUACAGUCAUCCCUGCAGUCCACAGCGGGGGUCACUAUCUCUGUGGUGGACAUCAACGAGCCGCCGUUCUUUCCGUCCAACCCCAAGCUGGUGCGCUUCGAGGAGGGCGUGCCCGCCGGCACCACGCUCACCACCUUCUCCGCCAACGACCCCGACCGCUUCAUGCAGCAGAUAGUCAGGUACUCCAAACUCUCCGAUCCAGCAAACUGGCUCAGCAUCAACACAACCAAUGGGCAGAUCAUAACGAUGGCCAUGCUCAACCGAGAGUCCAUUUUUGUGAAGAACAACAUCUAUGAAGCCACGUUCUUGGCAGCAGAUAAUGGAUCUCCCCCAGCUAGCGGCACGGGAACGCUGCAGAUCUACCUGAUCGACGUGAACGACAACGCACCCGAGCUGCUGCCCAAGGAGGCUCAGAUCUGCGAGCGCAUCAGCGCGCACGGCAUCAACAUCACGGCCGCCGACGCUGAUGUCGACCCCAACGUGGGCCCCUUCAUCUUCGAGCUGCCUGCUUUCCCCUCCAGCGUGCGUCGCAACUGGACCAUCUCCCGGCUGAACGGUGACUACGCCCAGCUAAAUCUGCGCAUCCAGUACCUGGAGUCCGGCGUGUACGAUGUGCCGGUGAUCGUGUCCGACUCGGGGAACCCACCUCUGUCCAACAGGUCCGUUAUCAAGGUGAAGGUGUGCCCAUGUGACGAGAACGGGGACUGCACCACCGUGGGGGCCGUGGCGGCGGCCGGCCUGGGCACUGGAGCCAUCAUCGCCAUCCUCAUCUGCAUCAUCAUACUGCUCA